GAGCGCCGCCAGCCAAUUGGAGGGGGUGGCGGGGGCGGGGCGCGGGGACCCGGAAGUGGUGCCGAGGCUGUAAACAGGCACAUGGAGGGGCCCUUAAAGGUCCCCUCCGAGCAGGAGGGGGUUCCCGCGGCCCUGGCGAGGCGCCUGGGGGCCGGUGCGCCCUGACGCUGGCACCCAUGGCCGAACCCCGGGAUGAGGACGAGCACACAGGGGGCCAGGACCCCACCACCCCGCUGUCCCCCACACCCAGCCCCGGCCACGGCAGGGCUAUCCUGCAUGCUGAGGACAUCACGGCCAGGAAGAGACCCCGGCUGUCCCCAAGGGCCAGCCCCGGCCACCCGCGGGGAACUGAGAGCCCCUGGGCGGCGGGGGGCGGCGGGGGGUGGCGGGGGCCGCGGGCGGGCAGGGUGACGGGGCUGUACGCCCAGCUGCUGCGGGAGCUGGAGGCGGAGGUGGGCGAGCUGCAGCGGGCACUGGCAGCCCGGGAUGAAGCCGUCCUGCACCGCGACCGCCGCAUCCGGCAGCUGGAGCUGGAAAACCGGCAGCUCCGGAGCCACGUCCGCAGCCUGGAGGAGGAGAACGACCUGCUCUCCUCCGGGGAUGGCCACGGGGGACCCUUGGCCACCGCUGCCACCGCCACCAGGACGCCGCUGGCCUCAGGCACCGGCUGCAUCGGCGUCAGUGACAGCAACGUCCAGUUCCUCAAGGCGCUGGUGGAGCUGCUGGAGGGUGACGCUGCCGCGCAGGUUGGGGGGCUCCGGCCCUUCUCUGCCCCCAGCCCCGGGGAGCAGGGCUGUGCCCUGGCCGACGUCCCGCGGAGCCCCCCGGCCUGGCGGCUGCGGGCAGGGCUGCCCAGUGGCUUCCCCCCCUGCCUGGGCAGCGAGGAGGGGGCCGGCAGCCCAGCUUCGCUCACCGACACCACCUGCCUCUGGGAGGAGAGCCGGGGGGACGCGCUGCCCGAUGGCACCCCGCUCUGGGCAUCCCCCAUCGAGGAGAACGGGAGGCCCAAACUGGAGCUGGUCCCCAACUCGGGGGUCUACAUCACCCACCCGCAGCUGGACGACCUCGCGCAGGUCCCCACCGACAAGCCCAAGCUCAUGACCCGGCGCCUGCUCGGUUACUUCUUCUCGCGGGAGACGCUGGCCCGGUCCUCAGCCACGGGGCAGCGCAUCGCCCACAACAACACCACCAUGGAGCGGCCCCUCCGCCUGCCCGUGGCCGUGGUCAACGCCAUCAAAGAGUACGUCACCAAGAUGUGCGGCCGCGGCUGCAACUUCAACGCCGUCAUCAACAGCAAGUGCGGCACGUCCCGGCGGGCCGUCAGGAAGAUGGUCGUGAAGAUGGAGUGAGCUGAGACCCACGGGAUGGCCACGGCCCAAGGGCCACGUGGGGGGGACGAGCCCGGAGCCCUCUGGUGCCGCAGACGGGGAGAGGGGACAGGGAGGGA